AUGACACACAAGGCUUCCCUCCAUGUAUUUCUUUGUCUGCUGGGACUGGUUGUCCUGUGUCACUCUGAAAGCUUCUUCCAAAAGUUAGAGCUCAAAGAUCCAAAAAACCCUCCAAAGGGGUGUGUGGAUAAGGAUGGAAAGCAGCACGAUUUUGGCUCUAAAUGGGACAGAGACUGCAUGGCGUGCUCUUGUACGAGCGAGGGCUUGAGCUGCAGUAGCAAGAUGCCUGAUGCAAACACAGUAGACGUUUCUGAGGACUGUGAGUUGGUUGUUGAUAAGGACGCCUGCUCUGCCAAGGUGGUGAUGAAGUCAGACAAGACAAAGGAGUGUAACCCUAUCUGA